AUGUCAACCAAGCGCAAGUCGGAAGACGACCCUGCCGCCGUCACCGCGGUGGUAGCCAACUCAAGCAAGAAGCGCAGGAGACUGAGCGACGCCGACGAAGAGAGCAGCAGCAAGCCGGAGAAGAAGAAGUCCAAGAAGGAAGACAAGUCCAAGAAAGGAGACAAGUCCAAGAAAGGAGACAAGUCCAAGAAGGAAGACAAGCACAAGAAGUCUUCCAAGACAGACACCGUCACGGCCUUAGAGGCCACCACACCCGCCGAAGCAUAUGAUGUCGAAGAUACCCUCAUGGCAUACGACAACGAAGCACCCGCGGAAAAGAGGAAGCAGAAGAAGGUCAAGGGCGAAGAGACCAAGGCGGCCCUCAAGCGGAAGCUAGCCAAGCAGGCCAAGAAGGAGAGGAAGAAGGCCGCCGCCGAGGAAUCGACCACUACAACUACUACAACUACUAUCGACGACAAGCCCUCAACCACCGACACCCACGCCGCAACCACAACCUCAACCUCCAGCAAGAAAACCCGCUUCAUAGUCUUCGUCGGCAACCUCCCCUACGCCGCGACGGUCGCGCAGAUAACCGACCACUUCGCCGCCCUCAAACCCACCUCGGUGCGCCUGCUGCACCAGAAGAACGACCCCUCCAAGUCGCGCGGCAUCGCUUUCGUCGAGUUCGCCGGCUACGACCACAUGAAGACGUGCCUCAAGACCAUGCACCACAGCACCUUCAAGUGCAUGACCAAGAGCCGCGACCGCUACGGCAAGCCGACCGAGUGGGAGGAGGAGCGCAAGAUCAACGUCGAGCUCACGGCCGGCGGAGGUGGCAACACGGACCAGCGCAAGGAGAAGAUCCGGGUGAAGAACGAGAAGCUGAACGAGGAGCGCGCGAGGCGGGCGCAGGAGGAGGUCAAGUUGAAGACCAAGAAGGUGCGGGAGAAGGGUCAGAAGAAUGGAGCGGGUGAGGGUGAGGGCGAGGGUGAGGCUCAGGAUGAGACAAUGGGCGGUAUGGACGAUGCGGUCCAUCCGAGUCGUAGGAGAAUAGUCCCCGGUAGUUCGUGA